AAUGCAGUGGUAAUGACGACUCUGAGAGCUGGAUAGCCUACUGGGUAUCUGUAUGCAGCAAUGCAGAGACGGAGCUGGCACAAAACAGUAGGGCUGGAUAUAAUAUGCUGGAAUAAUAUGCUGGAUGUUGUAAAGGAUUGAAAGGAAAGGGGUGGUGUAGGAGGGAAACAGACUGAGUAAAUGGCGUAGAUGGCACCCGGCACGGAGGCGAAAAGGAACGGACAGAAGCGAAGACCCGGGUCGAGGACGGGAUCAAGGUGAAACCACAGAAUACAAGCAGCCAGAAGGAACUCGAUUCGACCGAGGGAGUUCAGUUGAGGCUGCCGUAGGUUCUCUGGGGGGGUGAGGACGGGAGAUUGUGGGAUGAAGGGGCAAAGUUUCCGGUGCUGGUGCUCUCGUGUUGCAAAAUGUUCUGCUUGCGGGAUGGGGCCCAACGUGGUGAGGAUGCCACCCCCGGACGAUCUUUUUUUCUCUUCUUUUUUUUCGGUCCCGUCCAGAUUAGCGCGCAGAGCCAGAAGGGGUGUGUGGGUGAGAUGGAGCGCUGGGAAAGGGAGAAAAGACAGGGCAGACAAAGAUGGCAGAAGACGACGGAGCUUUUGGAGGAGAGCAGAAGCUGGGAAGGUGUGGGAGGGGGAACAGGGGGCCCUGCAGAAAUGGCACAAGUACUGCAAGGUACCGGGCUGGGGGAGAGUACCACCACCACCUGAGAGUACAGCGCGGUUAGGGGUUGCAACAGCGCCAAAACGGUGGAUGAGGAGAGGUACAGGCGCGGCAUCCUACCGCAAGAUCAGGCAAUGCCAUUCCCCCGGAAUCCAAUCCAACCCAUCGACGACUCCAGAACGCCAGAUUGAGCAGAGGCUGAAGGGUUUUGCGGGCCUACACAAGAACAAGGCGUGGCAACGUGCCUGUAAUCGUACAUGGACAGCUCGCAACGCUACUGUACAGCACAGCACAGCGCUGGUCGGACAGAGAAACGAGAACCAGCAGCAGGUACUUGGAGGUACACGAUGACGGCGGCCCGGGGGCUGGAGGAUGAGGUCGCUGGUGAUCGCGUGCGGAAGGGAUCGGCGCUGGCAUGACAAGCAUGGAGCAGGAGAAAGGGUCUGGAUCUGGUCUAUUCCUCGGGCUGCAAGCACA